AGUGUGUCCAUAUUAUGCCCCAUCAUUGGAACUCCUCGGCUUGACCAUGUACCUCCGUCAACAACUCUGGGUGCUCUUGCUCUGGCUCUGCUUCGUCGUUCUCAGCGUGCAUGCCAUGCCGUGGAAAUGGGGACCUGCCUCCAAUUCUGGACCACAUGGCGGACCCGCCUGGAAUGGCGGAGAAGACUCCACCGACAAUAUAGUCAUCCAUUCGAAAAACACCGGCAAGUGGCGUUACUAAUCUUGUUCAAGUGACAGAGGCGUGACCACAACCAAGUCAAGCUGAAUUUUGCAGUAAAUUUAUGAAUAAUUUUACAACUACUUUGGCUUGCAAUUGAUUUUCGUCGAACCGUACUCGAUUUGUAUGCUAAUACUUCAUUCAUGGUCACACUCACUUAAAUAUAGUCACUCUAUGGCAUUUAAAUAUAAAACUUUACUUUGCUAUGAUCCAAAAUAUUUCAAAGAGAUUAAAAGCCUAAUAUUGCACAAAUGAA